UUCUGACCCAGAGAAACUCACAGAUUCAGUGUCUGCUCUCACAGCUCGAGUUUCAUCAUGAAGCUUCUCGUGUUUCUUCUGUUGCCUUACCUCUCUUUGAGUGAGGUUGGGCAGAAUUUUAAUCAAUGCAGUCGGUUCUUUUUGAAAGAUGUCCCUCCUCAGUUCACACCACCAGCGGGCGUCUCAGUCCAGCACAUCUGUCAGUGUGUUUGGGAUGACAGCGAUCAGAAAAUGUAUCUUUAUGCAACUUUGUACAGCAUAACAUGGAGGAUCCCCAUCUACUCAGCGUAUGAGUUUGAGAGCCACCGUAGUAUUGGACGGUGUGAUGUUUGGUACAUCGAACCUCAGCUGGAUGAUAAAGACGCUGAUCCAUGUAUGAGUCCUAAAGGUUACAAACGUACUAUUGGUAAUAAACAGGCUGUGAAUAGUGACUAUAAGGACUCUAAAUAUGACAAAGGUCACCUCUACCCGGUGCAGCACACGGACAAUCAUCUCUCCAUGGUGGCCACCUCCACCCUGACCAACGCCGCUCCACAGAACCCAACGUUCAAUCGGCAGGAAUGGAAGAAACACGAGGAGGAUGUUAAAGAUGAUCUAAAAAACUGUAAUGGCAAGGCUUAUGUAGUGACUGGUGUAGUUCCUGAUACCAACAUAAAAAUUCCAACAAAGAACCCUAGAGUUACUGUCUCAAAGUAUUACUGGAGAGCCACCUGCUGUCUAAAGAACAAUAUGUUCAUAGGGCAGGGUUACUAUGGACCUGAUAACAAUGGCAAAGUGCAGAAAUUAUCAAUUACAGACCUACAGACACGGCUGGCCAAAGAUUACAACGUGAAUAUUAUAAUUUUCCCAAAUGUACCAAGCCUCCCAGGGCCCUCAAAUCCAAAAAAACCCCGGCAAGAUGGUUGUAACUAGUUUCUUCAUAGAUCAUGAACUUCUCUAGAUCAUGACUUCAUGCUCCUGACCUGGCUUUCUGUUAUUUUUAAACACUAUCUCUUGCCAUCUUUGUCGACUUCACUUUUUCUGGUUUAUCAUGUAUGCUUAAAUCAAUGCUGUAUGUAUAAUCAGUUACACUUAAUAAAGACAGUAUGCAAACGUG